AUGGAGGCCAGCUGGAGCCGGGUGACGCGAGGGCUGACGGAGCUGAGGGGCUUCCUCCGCCUCAACCCCGGAGAAGAAAGUAGUCCCAAAGUGGCGGCGGCGGCAGCGGAGGCGGCCAAUGCCGAGACUUUGCUACCAGCUGAGAGAGAAUUUCAGCAUGCUGCUAAAACUAAUAAUCUGGACACUAUGGAAAGACUGUUUAAGAAACAUGUUAACAUUAAUGCUGUAAAUGAUCUGAAUCGCACAGCACUCCAUUUUGCUGUUGCUGGAAAUCAUCUCUCUUCGGUGGACUUCCUUCUUCAUCACAAAGCUAGAGUCGAUAUAGCGGACAAGCAUGGACUUACUGCGGUUCAUCUUGCUGCUUGGUCUGGAAAUCUGGACACCAUGCUGAUGUUAAUUAAAGCAGGUGCUGAUCAGAAAGCGAAGAACCAGGAAGGAAGGAAUGUCCUGCACUUUGCAGCUCAGAACAAUAAUGUUAGAAUAGUGGACUAUUUUAUCCAAGACCUUCAUUUGCUGGAUCUUAAUCAAUCUGAUGAGAAAGGUAGAAAGCCAUUCCUUCUGGCAGCUGAAAUGGGCCAUGUGGAAAUGAUCAAUGAGUUGAUUUUCCUUAACUUAUUCACUUCAGAAAAGGACAAUCAAGGAAACACUGCAUUGCAUCUAGCUGCUAAAAAUGGCCACAGUGAGGUGGUGGAAAUUCUUCUUCAGCAGUGGGAAGAAAUUAACGAGCUCAAUCAGAAUGAAGAAACACCAUUUUUUCUGGCUGUUGAAGAGGGCCAUGAAAAGUGUGCAGAACUCCUGCUGGAAGCAGGAAGUGAUAUCAAUACUUCAAAGAAAGACAAUAUCAGUGCACUGCAUAUUGCAACUGAGAAUGGACAUACAUCCAUGGUUGCAUUUCUUAUCAGUAAAAAUAUACAUCUUGAUCCUAAACCUGAGCAAAAGUAUUCUGCUCUCCAUUUAGCCAUCAUAAAAAAUAACCUGGCCAUGGUAAACAAUUUAGUAGAUUCCAACCAUGACAUAAAUGCUCUCGAUCAGAGACAUCAAACACCUCUACACCUGGCAGCGGACCUUGGAAAUGUAGAAGUAAUGGAAAUGCUGUUGAAGGCAGGGUGCGAUCUCAACAUUGUGGAUCAACAAGGAAAAACUGCACUAGCGGUGGCUUCUAGGAGCAAUCACGCCUUGAUUGUGGAUAUGAUUAUAAAAGCUGAGAGGUAUUUCAAGUGGAAACAGGAGUAUCUCCGAAGUGGUAAUCUGCCCCAUGAGAUCCUGUCUUUUAAACAAGAUCACAGAGUAGAGACCAAACAGAUCCGCUCCUCCCUCUGGAAUCUAUCUUACAACCUGUUAAAAAUGCACGAAUGGAAAAAACUUGCACGGUUCUGGCAAUUUACAGAUGACCAAAUCAAAGCUAUUGAAGAACAGUGGACAGGGAAAAAGAGCUACAAGGAACAUGGACAUAGAAUGUUUCUGAUAUGGUUACAUGGUGUCCUAAUGGCAGGUCAGAAUCCCGUUAAACACUUAUAUGAAGAUCUCAGGAGAGGAGGAUUCCAACAUCUAGCUGAGAAGAUCCGAGCAGAGAAUAAUGCUGGCAUAGAAUCCAAGAAAUGUGCCAUCUUAUGA